AUAAGAUGCUCCACGUCAUUUGCAGCUUUCUUCAAAAGAAAAAUCACUAGUGCUCUGCUCUUGCCAUAAUACCAAACCUUUUGACUUAUGCUUUGGUGCUGCAACACUGGAAGAAUUGCCCACAGGUUCCAGGAAUACCUUUUUUUUCAUCUGAGUGAUUCUUUGUGGAUGGAAAAGGAUUUGAGUCUUAAUAAUUACCCUGUUUUAAAGCUAUUUCUCUAUAGCCUGAACUGCUUCAUAAAUUAGGCCACUUACCAAUGAGCCACACAGUCAGUUCUUGUCAGGAGCUGGUUGAAAACUGUGCUGUGCGUGUAGCAGGGAUGGCACAAGAAGAUAGCCGUCGUGGUCAAGUGCCAUCUCCCUUUUAUCAUGGUGCCAACCAGGAGCUUGACCUGUCCACCAAAGUGUACAAAAGGGAAUCAGGAAGUCCUUAUUCUGUGUUAGUGGACACCAAGAUGAGCAAACCACAUCUCCAUGAAACAGAGGAGCAGCCGUAUUUCAGGGAGACAAGAGCAGUGUCUGACGUGCAUGCUGUGAAAGAAGACCGGGAGAAUUCUGAUGACACAGAAGAGGAGGAGGAGGAGGAAGUCUCCUACAAAAGGGAGCAGAUCAUAGUGGAGGUAAACCUUAAUAAUCAAACAUUAAAUGUAUCUAAAGGGGAAAAGGGUGUCUCUUCUCAGUCCAAAGAGACUCCUGUUCUUAAGACAAGCAGUGAGGAGGAAGAGGAAGAGAGUGAGGAAGAGGCCACGGAUGACAGUAAUGACUAUGGAGAAAACGAAAGGCAGAAGAAAAAGGAGAAGAUAGCGGAGAAAGUCAGCGUUACACAAAGGAGGACGAGGAGAGCUGCCUCUGUUGCCGCAGCUGCCACUUCCCCUACUCCCAGAGCUACAAGAGGUCGUAGGAAGAGUGUAGAGCCACCUAAGCGUAAGAAGCGGGCCGCAAAGGAGCCCAAAGCGCCAGUCCAGAAAGCUAAGUGUGAAGAGAAAGAGACUCUGACCUGUGAGAAGUGCCCCAGGGUGUUUAAUACUCGCUGGUACCUGGAGAAGCACAUGAACGUUACUCAUAGGCGCAUGCAGAUUUGUGAUAAGUGUGGCAAGAAGUUUGUCCUGGAAAGUGAGCUGUCCCUUCACCAGCAAACAGACUGUGAAAAAAAUAUUCAGUGUGUUUCCUGUAAUAAAUCAUUCAAGAAACUCUGGUCCCUUCACGAACAUAUCAAGAUCGUCCAUGGAUAUGCAGAAAAGAAAUUUUCCUGUGAAAUUUGUGAGAAGAAAUUCUAUACCAUGGCUCACGUACGGAAACACAUGGUUGCACACACGAAAGACAUGCCAUUUACCUGUGAAACCUGUGGAAAGUCAUUCAAACGCAGUAUGUCACUCAAGGUGCACUCCUUGCAGCACUCUGGAGAGAAGCCCUUCAGAUGCGAGAACUGUGACGAAAGGUUUCAGUACAAGUACCAGCUACGCUCCCACAUGAGCAUCCACAUUGGGCACAAACAGUUCAUGUGCCAGUGGUGUGGCAAGGAUUUCAACAUGAAGCAGUACUUCGACGAACACAUGAAAACACACACUGGAGAGAAACCCUUUAUCUGUGAAAUCUGUGGCAAAAGCUUCACCAGCCGCCCCAACAUGAAGAGGCACCGCAGAACUCAUACAGGCGAGAAGCCCUAUCCGUGUGAUGUGUGCGGCCAGCGGUUCCGCUUCUCCAACAUGCUUAAGGCCCACAAGGAGAAGUGCUUUCGGGUGACCAGCCCCGUGAACGUGCCGCCUGCUGUCCAGAUCCCACUCACAACCUCCCCGGCCACCCCAGUUCCUUCUGUGGGGAGCACCCCCACGACCCCCGCCCCUCCCAUCAGCAUGAACCCCGUCAGCACGCUAACCCCUCGGCCCAUGCCCCACCCCUUCUCGCACCUUCACAUCCACGCACACCCUCACCACCCACACCACCUUCCUAUCCCCCCAGUCCCUCACCUCCCCCCACCUCCAGCUCUCUUUAAGAGUGAGCCUUUAAAUAACAGGGGCCAGGGUGAGGACACCUUUCUGCGGCACCUGGCAGAGAAGAGCAGUUCAGCCCAGCAUCACUAACGUCCAUCUCCUUAAAUGCGUUCUCCGCGAGUUCCGUGCCCCGGUGUGAGUUUGCAGAGUAGGGGUCGGUGAGCGUUUCUCUAGCUGUCAGACUCUCCUCAGCCUCCACCAAGAGCUUUGUCAUUGUCUUGGUGAAUCAGCACAUCCGAGGGAGUGGACGAGAAGACCCUGAGCUCACGGAGGGAACUGUCGAACCAGGGAACCACCGAACUAAAGCCCAAUUUGCUUGCAUUUUCUGGUGACUUUUAUAAAUUUCAAAUACUCAGACUUGUGGAAUUUUAUAAUUUCAUAUCAGCUGAUGAGGUAUGCUUGCUUUUAUAUCCUGGACUUCUCCUCAAAGAGGGGACAGGCCUGGUUUCCUUUGUACUAAUCGGGAAGGCUGUGACAUUAAUCCAGAGCAUUAAUUGUAUCACUGUGUAUCGUAACAUUCUUUUCAGCUUUUGGUGCUGGCUUCAGAGUUGAGCUAGCCAUGUUUCACAGUAUAUCAAGCAUUAUAGAGAAAGACAGAAAUUUUCUUCUUUGUGUAGCUCUCCUAAUGCACUCUUUAUUUUACUACAGAAAUUAUUUUAGAGUUUUUGUAUAGACUUCUUUAGUAGUCUGUUUCUAAAAUGAAAUGUAUUUCAAUAAGCAGUGUAAUUUUUUCAGUGUAGCUGGACCUAUGUUGUAAAAUAGAAAAAAUUUUUAUAAUCAUCAAAAUGUGAUUCUUAAAGAUGCAUAUAACUUCUAUAGUUCAAAGUUAUUCUUACAUCCGUACAACUCAAAGGUGCUUCAGAGACUAGAUGUAUCUGAAAGGGUCUCCAGACCAGGUUACUGCGAAAAUGAGGUUUUGCUUUCGGAAUUUGGCAGAAGUCCUUGGUAGUUUUUUAAUCUCUGCUUAACACUCGGGGGCCUGUUAGGCUCACGGACAUGCUGUGUCCUCCAUGUUUCGUUCGGUUCAGUUAGUACGUUGAAUGGAAUGAUUUGCAGAGGGUUGAGCCUUUUCCAGGGAGGUCACCUGAAGCUGGCCUGUUUUGAAAAUCUGAGUAAAGCCGUUCGCCGUCAAGAGGAGGAGGUGGCGGAGGCUGUUUCCUCUCAGUCACGUCUCGCUUCCCCCAGAAAUGUGUUCAGGUUCAGCCUCUGUGGGACGACCAACUGAAGUCUCCUAAUACACUGCUCACUUUAAGGUUGCUUUAUUUUUCUAAUUGUCACAAAAAGAUAAAAUAGUACACUAAAAUCACAAGCAUGGUGUUGCCUGAUAGCGGCUGAGAAAUUUGGAUAAGAACACAAAUCGGUUAUGACUUUUAAAAUGUCUCUUCUAUCCAUGGAUGUAGUCACAACUUCGAGCUAUUCUAACACAGUUUAAAUUGUGGUGAGAGAGAGAAAACGACGUUUUGCUGCCCUGUCCUCUGCAAGCGAUGAUGUGAUAGCAGCCUUCUUGGUGAUAAGGAGAGCCGCAAAAUGGGGCAGGUUUGAAAGAGUUUGGGUAACUUCUAAAGAGCAUGGUCAGUCAGGAGCUCAUUAUAAGAAAGGCUGAACAGAAGGGCUGACAGAUUGGUUAUAUUUAACUGAUCACAUUUAUCCAGACUCAGUGUAGAUAAAAAUUUUGUAAUUUUUCAUCUCAGCGAACUGAGUUUCAAAGCGAGGUCUUUCUUUCUCCCUCUCUCUCUCUCUCUCUCUCUCUCUCAUUUUUUUAAUCUUGAAAUUUCUUCAUUUUUCUUUCCUCAAGGUUUUAAAUCUUUGCCUGAAUCAGAACCCUGACUUUUAUUUAUUUUUUUAUUUUUAAUAUUAAGUGUGCAGAUAGACUUACAGCACUUUUUCUGGCUGAUUAGCUCUGUGGUAGGAAAACUGGAACUCUUUCCAUUGAGGUUAAGCCCCUAUUUUUAAAAUAUCGCAUUCUCUGUUAGCUUUUUGGUUUAAUAUUUCCAGAUUUUUUCCUUCUGAUUACUGCCUUUGUCUUCUAUAAUGAGCAUAGGAAAAUUUGGGAGUGAGGCGGAAAAGUAUCUCAAGACAUACUUUUCCUGUUUCUGGAUGUAACUUCUAAGGAAUGUGGUAUUAAAUAUUUGUAUACAUUCUUUGAACACUCAAGUACCCAAACCAAUAAGAAAAGUUAAUUCCUUAUUUAUGACUGUUAUAUCUUUAGUGGCUGCCUCCCCUUGUUUACACAGUCUCCUUGGCGUUCCAUGACAAGUUUGUGGAUAUACCAUGUGUGGUAUAUGUGUGGACAUACCAUUAUUUCAUGUCCAAGCUUGUAAUAUUAAAAUGAUGUUUAAGAUGUAAAUUACAGCUUAGUUAAUUGGUUAUACCUUAUUUUGUUCUAAAUAAAUUUACAAUAUUGGGCAGCA